AUGAGUGAACCACCAAAUUCACCGAGCAGCAACCCGCGUAAAGACCCACAGCCAAUAAUCCAAGCACAAAUAGUGUUUUUGGUGUCAACGAUUACGGAGGACAACUUGGAGAGGAAUUAUUCUGAGAUAAAGAGCCUCAUCGAACAGCAUGGACAAGAUAACCAAAUGUACUUUAUACGCCGACUUCUACUCAGCUACAUCAAUCAGCUUAAAGGGAUUGAGAACAAUCCAACGCAGAUUAAACUUUUACGAUUUGAAUUGAUUAGAUUAGGCGGUAGAUUCCAGCUCAGUUUACACGUCAAGGAUAGCUUGGAUAACGAGCAAUUUGAGGGAAUUAAUUUGGAUGAUCUGAUAAGCAAAUUAGAAAUCCCACUCAUUGAGUCUCUCGUCAUCGUUACAGCUCUCCUCGACGCCCACUCUUCAAACUUGGUCGAGCAAUCAAAGUUGAUUCUCAAUAGCUGGCUUGUCGAUCAAGCUUCAAAGCAAUUCAUUAUCGGCGCUGGUAGCUUCGUUGAGGAUGACAACCCCGACUUGAUCAUACUCCUGAUUACGCUCUUAUCCAACAACAAUCUCGAUUUGACACAUAUACAGUCACUCACUCUAGCCUUCUCAACUAGGCUUAAAUCUGCCUUGCCUGCUCUCAUCGCAAACCGUGUCAUUCCCUUCAUCAACCUCACUCCUUCAAAAACUUUAGCCCAUUUGUUGGUUGAGCUGUCGUCCACAUUGGAAUUGAGGACUUCAGUUAAGCUUGUUGAAGCUGCGUUUGUUAAAUUUGGCUGGCCAUCCACUCGCCAACAAAAUGACUCUUUAGACCUCAGAGCUUCCGAGUUAUUUUCUUGUCUCGGCCAAUUAGGUAUCAUGUCAAAUAACGUUGAUAUACCAACUAUUAUGAGCAUUCUAAACAGCUACCCAACCAAACCCUCUUACAAACUCAUCAUUCGUGGCUUUGACUCUCCUAACAACCCCCCACCAACUCCAAACAUUCUUGCAAACAUUCUCCUCUCAGCUCCAUCUUACCAAGUUAGUGAGGAAUCUCCUUUGAUGGGUUUAGUUGGCACUUGGGUUAAUCCUUCUCUUCAAAUUAGCGCAGUUGCGGGCUUGCUCUCACUUUCCAACGAUCAAGUCUCUUUCGCUGCUCUUUCAGCGAAAAAAGCUAUCACCGUGGAUUUUGUCAAUCAUUCUAGCCCUGCUAUCAAGGCAAUGGCCGCUACCGUACAAUCUUCUCUUUGGAACUGCAUUGAUGUGGUAGAUAUCGUCACUAAGCUUCAAGAUCAUGGUCCAGAACCAAUCAAUGUUUUGGCUCGUGAUUUGUUAGAGACAGGAUGCAGAACCCACGGUGAAAUUAUUCUUCUUGGUUUGGUUCAAUUGCCUAAACCAUGGUCAAACUACCACCUUGAACUAAUCACCCGUCUCCUUGCGCUAUUUCUCGCUGGUAAUCCUUCCCACCAGCUCGUUUUCCUUAGACUUUGGCAGAUCGACCGUAACUUCCUACUCAGUGCCUUCAAGCAGUUCUAUCAAGACAACAACAUGAACGUCACCCGUAUAUUGGAUGUUGCUCAAGAUCUAAAGAUCCUCGACCAAGUGCUUGAAAUCAAGCCAGUCACUUUCGCAUUUGACUUGGCUGCACUCGCCAGUCGCAGAGAGUAUCUAAACAUGGAAAAGUGGCUACAGAACGGUGUCACUUUACAUGUCAUUUCUUUCUUUAGAGACGCUUUGAAAUUCCUUGACUCCAAGGCAAAAGCUGAAGCGAUCAAGCUUAACACUGGUGCUGUCAACAAUCAACUUAAUAUCAACGUUCAAACGGUUGCCAUUUUCUUAAGAGUCUUACGUGCAAACGCCGAAAUCUUACCAUUAGUGGCUGAUGACAUUGAGUAUUACAAGGAAGUUCGCAACCUUUGCCUGCAAUAUUGGCCUCGCUUAAUGAACCUCACCCCUCACUCUGAACAGGAGCCUGGAUUAUCAGUUACGACCUUCUCUCCAGACUUAGACAGGCAAGUGGAAGAUUAUUACCAUCGUAUGUACUCAGGCGAGCUGCGUGUGGAUGAAGUUAUCGUCUUCUUGGAGAAAUGCAAGCAAUCAACCAAUUCACGUGAUCAUGAGUUGUUUGCAGCCAUGAUUCACACCGUUUUCGAGGAGUACAGGCAUUAUGAGACAUACCCAGCAGCGGAAUUGGCGCUUACUGGUAUUCUCUUCGGUUCACUGAUACAAUUUCAGGUGAUCGACUUUAUUCCACUCGGUAUUGCUAUUAGAUAUGUCUUGACGGCGUUACAGUCGCUUCCAAACACCAACAGAUUUAGGUUUGGUGUACAGGCUCUCUCACAAUUCCAAAGACGUUUACCAGAGUGGCCUCAAGUUUGUCAAGCAUUGCUAGCAAUCAGACAUCUAAUCGAAACAAUCCCUGACCUCGGCUUUUACCUAAGAUUAGCUGUCGAGCACUCCAAUGAAGUGAGAAGAUCUCAAAGUGGCAACCCAAUUGGUGGUUUAGAUAUUUCCUCCCCAGCCUCCAAGCUUUCGUUCAACACAGUCAAGCCAGACAACUUGGGACACGAUGAAGCCGAAGAUUACCCAGUUCCAGAUGAAGAGACAUCUGACAGAAUUCUUUUCAUUGUCAACAAUCUUGCUCCAAACAACUUUUCAUCAAAGUCGGGCGAGAUGAGAGAAAGAUUUAAGGCCGAAUACUCUAGAUGGUUCGCUCACUAUCUGGUUCUGGAGCGUGUCAGUAUCGAGCCAAACAACCAUAACCUUUACAUGCAAUUUCUGGAAUCUAUUAAUGAAAGCGAGCUUGUUCGUCAUGUUCUUCGCGAGACUUAUAUCAAAGUUCGUGAGCUUCUCAAUGAAGACAAGACGGUCAGCAACUCCACUGAUCGUUCGCACUUGAAAAACCUCGGUUCGUGGUUGGGUGGCUUGACACUUGCCAAAGACAAGCCAAUUCGCCAUCGUAACAUUUCAUUUAAGGAGUUAUUAUUGGAAGGCUUUGAUACAAACAAGUUAAUUGUCGCUAUUCCAUUCGUUUGCAAAGUCUUGGAGCAAUGUUCUCGUAGCAGAGUCUUUGUGCCACCAAAUCCAUGGUUGAUGGCAGUUCUCAAGCUCCUUGUUGAACUCUACGUCGUUGCAGACCUCAAAUUGAACUUAAAGUUUGAGAUCGAGGUACUUUGCAAGAGUCUAGGUAUCGAGAUCAAGGACAUUGAGCCAACGAACGUCGUCAAAAAUCGCCCAGCAAAGGAUGUCGCUCCCCACGCACCUACAGCUCCAGGUGCAUCAGGUGCAAAUGUCCUUACAUCAGAAUUGGAAAGAUUACAGAUGGCUGGUGCUUCAAACGAUCGUGUCCAAGCAACCUUGUUGCAACAGCAAGCAGCAGCCGCAGCACAACAACAGCAACAAUUACAAUUACAACAACAAAUCGCAGCAAAUGGAAACGCCCAACAAAAUGUUGCACCAGAGUCGCCAUUACUUCAACACGAAGAGCGUACUCAACAAAACCUUGCACCAGAGUUGAUCGCUGCAGUUCCAAACAUUUCACAAUACUUGGUCUUUGAUUCAUCGAACCCAAUCUUCGCAAAUAACGCACAUUUACAGAGGAUGAUGCAUAUUGCUAUUGAUAGAGCUAUUAAGGAAAUCAUUGCACCUGUUGUCGAGCGCUCAGUUACCAUCGCUUCACUUUCUACAAGAGAGUUGAUCGUCAAGGAUUUCGCUAUGGAGGGUGACGAAACCAAGAUGCAAGCUGCUGCCCAUUUGAUGGCUCAAAAUUUGGCUGGUAAUCUCUCACUUGUUACUUGCAAGGAGCCUCUGAGAAUCAGCGUUGUCUCUCAUUUCAGAAAUGUUCUUCACCAAUCAGGCCUCUCUGAACAAUCAGUCCCAGAACCAACGGUCUACUCUGCUGUCAACGAGAACUUGGAUGUUGCUUGCAAAGUGAUUGAGAAAAUUGCUAUGCAAAGAGCUAUCGUUGAAGUUGAUGAUCAACUGCUCGAAGGUUUCAUUAGUCGUCGCAAGCAUAGAGAGACAACCAAUCAAGCAUAUUGGGACAAUGCAGUCAUCUCAUCUGCACACUUCUCCAACAGCUUGCCAGACUUGUUACGCAUAAAGCCAAAUGGUUUGGAUGCCCAGCAAUUACAAGUCUAUGAAGGAUUUAACCGCAACAACUUCCCCCUCCAACCACAAUCACAACCUGAAGUCGUCGAGACUAUGCCUCCAACACCACAACGCGUCUCAGUUGAUUCAAACGGUAAUGCUGGGCUAAUUAACCCUCAACAAUCAUACGAGCGUUUUAACCACUUGGUUGUUGAGCUUGAGAAGUCCAUCAUAAACUCUCAAGUGGAUACAUCAGACCUGUUACCACCAAACUCUGAAUUGCGUCCAUUAGUACAAGAAGUAUCCAUUCUCGCAUACCAAUCACAAAAUUCUGAGGAUAUUUCCUUGUCUUUUGCUCAACGCAUUGUCCAAUUACUUUACCGUGCUGAGGGCAAUUUGGGCAGAGAAGUUUAUAUCACUAUACUUCAACAUCUUUGCGAACUUUCAAUGAAGGCAGCUAAAGAGGUGACUGCAUGGUUAGUUCUCUCCGACGACGAUAGAAAAUUUAACGUCCCAGUCACACUCUAUCUCGUUAAAGCGAGAUUGAUCCAUGUGGAGGAACUUGAUCUUACAUUGUCUAGAUCAAUAAUUAGAGAUAUGAGGCAAUCAGCUAUAGAUUUCGCUGCUACUCUUAUUAGAGAAUCAAUUCAAGAUCAAAUCGCAUCGAGAAGCAACUUUACACACUGCUUAGAGGCUCUCACUAUUGCAGCACAAAACAGCAAGACUUCAGAUGCAAUGACGAAGCUUCACCAGACUUUGAAGCACAUUCAACCUGGCAAUGUUGCUACACCAGUGCUCAACAGAUUGACCAAAACUACGAAUGACCAAGAGACCGCACUGAGACAACGACUUGCAUUAAACUUUGCUGAUUGGGUUAGGAUUUAUGGUAUGACACCACAAGUAGAAAAAGCAUUCAUUCCAUAUAUCUCCCAAUUACAAUCUCAAGGUAUUCUCAAGGGCGAGGAGACGUCAACACUUUUCUUCAGAAUCUGUGUUGAGUUAGGUGUCGAGUCAUUCAUCAAGCAGAAGAACGAUGGUGUUGCAAACUUGAGCAACGCGUUCCAGCCAAUCGAUGCAUUUGUCAAGUUGGUUGUGCUCAUGAUUAAGUACCACAUGGACCACACAGGACUGAACCACGACCAAGCUAAACAGGUAUAUCUCAACAAAAUUAUCUCAAUUACCAGCUUGGUAAUUGCUCAAUCUCACGAAGACUUGCAAGAAAAUUUUGAGCAAAAGCCGUUCUACAGACUUUACUCAAGUCUUCUGAUUGAGUUGUGGGGUAUCAGACAAAGUCUUGGUGCUGUUGCGUACAAAGGCAUAAUGGUCACGAUUAGUAACUCACUUGCCAACCUCCAACCAGCAUACUUUCCAAGAUUUGCGCAUGGAUGGGUUAGCUUGAUUUCACAUAGAAACUUCUUACCUGUGAUACUUGCUCCUGAAAAUCAUGAUAACUGGAUUGACUUCCACAGGUUGAUGACGGCCUUGUUGAGAUUUGUCAAGGCAUUCACUUCCAAACCUCAAUUCGAAAUGUCUUCAAAGCAAAUAUACAGAGCUACGCAACGCAUACUCUUGUUGUUGUUGCACGACUUUAGCGAAUACUUGUCGGAGUACUACGGCGGCUUGAUUGAUGUUAUACCAUCAUCUUGCACUCAGCUUCGCAAUUUGAUUCUUAGUGCAUAUCCAAGAAAUGCAGCCACAAGCACAUUGCCAGACCCAUUCUUGCCAACAAUUGACAUUGAGGUGAUGUCAGAAAGUCAAAACAAUCCAACCAUCUCCUCAGACUACAUGUCAGUCAUUAUCAACAAUGGUUUAAAGAAUUUGGUGGACAAGCAUAUUGAUGGAGGAGAUGAGGAAGUUAUUAUUGGUGAGAUUAUUCAGAAGAUUACUUUGGAGUCGGUUGGCAAUGAGAAUGAGAGCGAUGAGUGGAAGUACAAGAUCCCGGUGAUCAAUUCACUCGUUCUAUUUAUUGGUGUCGAUGCAAUCACUCGCUCACAAGCGGACAUUGGUAGUGUCAAGUUUGAUGGCGGUAGUGCGAAUGUAAAAUUGAUCGAAACUUUGGUAAACAAGCUUGAUCCAGAGGCUCGCUACUUGAUACUCAGUGGUAUUGCAAACCAGUUACGCUACCCAUCGUCUCACACGUAUUGGUUCAAUAAACUUUGCUUGCAGAUAUUGGAAGAAUCAGCCGGGGUAAACGAGAAUGUAGUGGAAAUACUGACAAGAGUGUUGCUUGAGCGCUUACUUGUUACCAAGCCACAUCCAUGGGGAUUAUUGUUGACAUUCUUCAACAUAUUCACCAAUCAGCAAUUCAAGACAUAUCAAGCGAAAUUCUCUACUUUGGCGCCAGAGUUUGCAACAAUCUUUGAUAGCGUUGAAAAGUCAUUCGGUAAAGUUGCGGCUGUCGCAGCUGAAUAA